GAGCGAACGCAGUUGAUUAUAGUUGCAGAAAGUGCGUGCGUUUUUUUCUUAAAGAAAUUAGCUUGGCCCCAAAAGUAGUGAAGCAACAAUUACUCAAUAGUAAAUCCAUAAUUAAGCAAUCACUAAUUGCAAUGUUUAACAAAUAUUAAUAUUUUUAAAGUGCAUCAAUUAAAUGUGAAUUGAAAAUAGGGAGGCGUGAACGCGAAAGUGGAAUUGGAUGAAUUGAUUUUAGCUUUAACAAGUUCGAUCGUGAGAAAAGUGCGUGUGUGUGUUUGCGCAACAAAUUAUUCUGUGCUACAAUUGGUUUAAUUUCUGGUGUUUCAAUUAGUGCUAAUCACAUUUUAGCCGGCUCUGAAGAAGCUCACUGCAUUUUGUAAGCUUUCCCACGUUAGUUAAGAAUCAGAAUCAGCAAUGGCCAGCCAGCAGUCAAAUUUGGAUUCUGUGAGUGCAAAUUACGAGGCAUUGCAGCAAAACGAAAUCACCGCCAUUCCACGCUAUGGACUCAAGCUGAAAUUUGAUCAUGUUUGGCCAGAGAAACGUAAUCAGAAUCUACGACCCUCGCUGAAGCAAACAUUGCCGCUCUUACCAUUGGCGUGCAGAUAUUCCGUUUACUAUUGGAAGGUGUCGCGUGAGAAUCGUCGCUGUUACAUGGACUACUAUUACAUGGAGAAUGGUAAACAAAUUUACGGUGUCCCUUUGGGUGGUAUUGGGGGCGGCACCAUCGGACGUGGAUUUGCCGGUGAAUUUUGUCGUUUUCAAAUGCGGCCCGGCAUGUACGAGUACAAUGUGGUGCAGGCGAACCAAUUCAUUGUGACAAUCAAAGACGCCAAGGGUUGCACAAUAUUUCAAAGUUUGCUGUCGCGAAAUAGUUCACUCGACAGCGUCAACUCUCAAUGUUCAAGUAAUAUGCCCAAUUGCAGCAGCCGUUCCAAGCAGCCGCUAAAUGCCUGGCACUCGAACAUCGACGACUCGAAAUGCUCUUACACGGGUCUAUAUCCGCGCGCCUGGACCGAAUAUGAUCUUACUGCGUACGGCGUGCGACUGAUUUGUCGUCAAAUUUCGCCCGUCAUACCGCACGACUACAAAGACUCAUGCCUGCCGUGCGCCGUCUUCGUGUGGUCUGUGGAGAAUGUGUGCGCGGAAGAGCGUAAGGUUGCCAUAACAUUUACGUUCAAGAAUGGCACCGGUACUAAGAAGCAGGAUGCCGAGGGCGGCGCUGAGGCGGAGCUAAUUUCGCAAGGUAAUGUGAAGGGCGUGGGUAUACGACAGAAGAUCGCCGGCAUGCCAUGCACCUACAAUUUGGGCUGUCGGGUAUUGCCUGAAAUCAGUAUUACACGCUGCACGCAGUUCGAUCCGAGCGGCACGGGAGAACAACUAUGGUCCGAUUUGAAGGAGAAUGGACAACUGAGUGAGAAGCAUUGCGAUGAAACGCUCAAAACUAAGGAUAUCGGUGUUGCUUUGUGCGCACAAGUUGCAGUCAAACCUGGUUCUAGUCAUGAUUUGGAAUUUGCAUUAGCCUGGGAUAUGCCACAUAUACAUUUUCCAAAGAAACACAAAACUUACACGCGUUACUAUACCAAAUAUUUCGAUGCCUCCGGUGAAGCUGGUCCCAAAAUUUGCGAGUAUGCAUUGAAACACUAUGGCAGCUGGGAGAAAUUGAUUGAUGCAUGGCAGCGUCCAAUACUCAAUGAUGACGGUCUGCCUGACUGGUACAAAAGCGCCAUAUUCAAUCAACUCUACUAUAUUUCGGAUGGUGGCACAAUUUGGUUGACUUGUGAUUCGUCAUUCGGAAAGGAGUUGAAUUAUGAUGAUCCCAGGUUAGCUUACGGCCGCUUUGGUUACUUAGAGGGUCACGAAUAUCGCAUGUACAAUACCUACGACGUACAUUUUUAUGCCUCAUCGACACUGUCCCACCUCUGGCCUAAUCUGCAAGUGAGCUUGCAGUAUGACAUCCGUGAUGCCAUAGCCACUGAAUUGCCCGAAACGCGUAAAAUGCUUUAUGAUGGCAAAGUUUUACCACGUCACAUUAAGGAUUGCGUGCCACAUGAUCUCGGCGAUCCUGAUGAGGAACCAUUCACACUCAUUAACACUUAUCAUAUCCAUGACGUUAAUCAUUGGAAGGACUUGAAUACGAAAUUUGUCUUACAAGUCUAUCGCGAUUAUUAUGUACUGAAUGAAUUAGCGCAAGCACAGGCAGACAAUGCGAGCAAAUUCAGCUCGAUUGAGUUCAUCGACAAGGACAGCUUGUACGAAAUAUACACUCAAGAUAAUAAACGCAAAAACUCUGCAGAGGAGAAGCUACAAAAUCGUAAAUCAGCUUCUUUGUACAUCAAUGAAACCAACGGUAAAGUUUACCUUAUGGAUGCCAUGGCUUACUUGAAGGCAAUGUAUCCCGCUUGUAAAACCAUAAUGGAGCGCACCAUAGAAUAUGACACCGACAAUGAUGGACUAAUUGAGAAUACAAAGAGUCCCGAUCAAACGUACGACACCUGGGUGAUGGAUGGACCGAGCGCCUACUGUUCUGGCCUAUGGCUCGCUGCCUUGCAAACCAUGUCGGUAAUGGCUACGCUGCUGGAUCAGCCUAACGAUUGCUUGCGUUUUCAAGAUCUAUUGGACAAAGGCAAACAUUCGCUGGAGGCGAAACUAUGGAAUGGCAGCUAUUAUCGUUUCGAUAUCCACAACAAGGACACCAUAAUGGCAGAUCAGUUGUGCGGGCAUUGGUAUCUGAAAACAUGCGGAUUCGAUUAUGAGGUUUAUCCAAAGGAGAAUGUACGCUCGGCCUUGAAAAAAAUCUAUCUAAAUAAUGUUAUGGGUUUCCAUGACGGAAAUAUUGGUGCCGUUAAUGGUUUCAUUCCUAAUUCGGAUCCUGAAAAAUCUGGGCAUGCCGAUUAUACGACCUUACAGAGUGAGGAAGUGUGGACAGGUGUGACAUUUGCUUUGGCCGCUACUAUGAUACAGGAGGGCAUGUUCGAGGAGGGCUUUCAAACUGCUGGUGGCCUCUACAAAACACUCAGCGAACGCAUUGGCAUGAACUUUGACACGCCGGAAGCGUUGUACGGCGAAAAACAUUAUCGCUCAAUUGGCUAUAUGCGACCUCUCAGUAUUUGGUCCAUGCAAGUGGCUUGGGAGCGGAGAAAAGCGCUACGCGACUAAACGAAAUCACAAAGCAGUUUCAUACAUUUUAAAAAUAAUGCCAGCCAUACAACUGAUAUUCACUCUAACAGACGCUGCAUUAUAGGCAAAGAAAUGUCAUGUUUUUUUUCUUGCCUCAUAUUAAUCAAAACUCUGUGCGUAAUAUGAAUGUAUUGCUGCGAAAAACUGCAAGUUGUUACAAGCUUACUAUGUAUGUAUAUAUGUAUAUGUCAUAAAUCCGAAAGCAUUAUUAUUAUUAUUUUUUUUUUUUUUGUUAAUUUUAAGGUAAAAUCCCUGUUAAAAAAUAAGCUUAGCUAAGACGCGCUUACGAACCAAAGAUUGAGAAGAGGAGAGACGAGACAAGGAGACAAGUAAUGGGCAUUUUAUAUGUGUAGUUUUUAGAUGUAAAUGUGAAAGCACAAGAUUUGAUAUUUUUUACAAAAGCGAGUUAACUUUGUUAUUGCGAAAGUACAAACAACGGAAAAAAGUCAAACCAUAUUCGAAGAAAUUGCACUUGUUGACAUGCGAGCUUACGAGUUAUAUAGCAAAUAUUUAUAUGCGCUUAGUAUUAAUUACGUAUUAUUAAAGUGAGAAGGUCAGAAAGUUGUUCCUCGUGAAAAGCUAAUUCGAUUUUAUUUUAGGACAUAAGCUGCCGGCGUAAUUUGUAUUUGAAUGUGCUGGAAAAAAGUAUUACUGAUUUAUUCUAAAAAAUAACAACUUCCAUUGGCCUAUUUCAUCUUAUCGAUUAACUUUUUCGAUGUCAGUCAUCUGUUAGAAUAAUUCACACAGGCAGUCUAAAUCGUCGUUUUUCUUUUUUAUUGUAAUUUGUUUUGUAUCACCUUUUAUAGUUUUGCCGCCUGGUGUUUGAAGUCAGCAUACCGAUGCUUCUCUGAAGUGUUU